AUGGGACAGUACCGGGUGCGCUUUGCGAAGGGCAGCAAAUACCAGGCGGAGCUCGAUUCUCAGUGCUCUACAUUCAUGUGCCACAAUUCACCAGCCUCAACCUCGCCGCCAAAAUCCAAUUGCCCUAUUUCCUCAAAAUCAAUCACACCCAAACCACACCAUACAAAGAGCCGCUUCGGCUGCAAGGAGUGCCGUCUCCGGCGUGUCAAGUGCGACGAAACCUUCCCUGUCUGCCUCCGGUGCCAACGCCGCGGUUCCGUCUGCCUCGCAAGCUACAAGCCCGCAAAAUGGCACACCGAGAUGCCCUGGCUUUCUGACAUGAUUGUCCUGGACUCUUGGCCGAGAGAUAGCGCAUUGGACAAGCGGUUGGUGCAGCACUGGGUUGAGCAGACAAGCCAGUUGUGGUCCAUUGAUCGGAACAACAACCCACUCUCCCUUCCCGUCUUGCAACAUCUGACCACAAGCCCUUCUCUCCUUCACGCUAUUCAAAGCGUCAGUGCUGGCCACGAAAAAUUCUUUAAUAAUGCUGGGUUGCAAACGUGUCUUGAAGAGCGCGGGCGUGCGCUGAAACUGGUCCGGGAAGAACUUCGCGAUGCGACGUCUAUCCCAGUAUCGUCAAUGCUCACCAUCUUUCUUCUGGGAACUUCCUCACCGUGGAUACAGUCUGACUCCUGGGGCAAAGAGCACUUGGAUGGCGCUCGAGCCUUGAUCAAGGCGAUGCUAUCUCGAAAGGAUAUACGCGAAGAGUCCCUCACGCAGUUCCUCCUGGGAUGGUAUCUGUACUGGGACAUGACCUGCUCCUUCCUCGACGACCCGGAAAACAACUCUCAUCUGAGCACAUCUGAUAUUCUCCAAAGCGUCCAGCUUGAUGGGGACUUAUUCCAUCCAAUAAUAGGCUUUUCCUCCACUUUAUAUGCCCAGGUGGCCGACGUUGGAAGAUAUUGCCGUCGUAUUCUCGAGCACCAGCCCCAAGACCCGGAAUUCGAGGAGACCAUGGAAGAACAACUCGUUCAAUGGUGCCCCCGCGAUGAUGAUAAAUGCCUUCAUGACUUAAGCCUAGCCUACCGUAAUCACGGUUUAUUGAUGCUGUAUCAAACCUGUCGCCGUCUCCCAGAUCCCAUGCGGCUGAUUAUUGACCCAUGCGACCAAGACGGAUCGGAAGGGCUCAUAGUCGGGACAGAAAACGUUAUUAGAUCGUACGCUUUGGAGAUUAUACGGAUGGUGUUGGAAAUACCUCUGAAUGAGCCCUGUGCAAACUUUCAAUCGAUGCCGUUGCUGAGUGCCGCCGCAGAGCUCACAUCAGACGACUCGGCGCUGCGAGAGGACGUCAUUGUACAGUUCAAGGCCCUUUACUCGACUGACCGCGUACUGGUGCACUUGCAGUCGAUUGACCUGUUGCAAGAACUCUGGAAUUUGCGGGAUUGUGGAGUGGUCAUGUCUUGGAUGGAGUUGAGUCUUGCAAAUGGUUUUGGGAAGAUUGAUCUGCCUGAAAUGGAACGAUGA